UUCCAUUACUUUUGAAGCUUUGCCUUGAAACUCCCACUCCAAUUAUUGUUAAUGGGCAACCUUUGUUUUUCUCUGCUGCUAACUACAAUCUUUUUUCUGGCCCUCUUUAGUGGUGCUCUUACCAAAGUGGAAUGCUUGAAUUUUUCUUAUCCAACAUUUCAGGAGGAAGAUGAAAGUCAAUUCAUUCGCUACAAUUCCGACGUUACUUUUCAUGCCUUCCAAGUUACACCAGAUCUCAGUGAUUAUAAAAAAAUCACUAAUCAAUCAGGAAGAUUAUUGUACAAACAACCAUUCAAUCUAUGGAGGAAAAAAGGUAAUAAGAAGGCCAUGGCUUCUUUCAAUUCCACCUUUGUGCUCAACAUCUCUCCCUAUUCUGGAAAGUUUGUCCCACUCGGUGAAGGAUUGGCGUUUAUCUUAACCGCGAAUCCCGGUCUUCCUGACCAGAGUCAAGGGAAAUGGCUUGGGAUUGUGAACAACACAAGUUCAUUGUCUCAACAAGGAAUUAUAGCAGUAGAGUUUGACACAAGGAAGAGUUUUGACGAAGAUAUUGAUGACAACCACGUGGGAUUGAAUCUGAACAGCAUCUACUCGAUCAAACAAGUAUCCCUUACCGAUUAUGGCAUUAAUCUUUCAAGCGGAAGCAAUGUGACGGUACGAAUUCAGUAUGAUGGGAAGAACAUGAGUAUGUUUGUCUGGCUUACAAAUGAAGAAGGGAAGACCAUGAACAAUCCGGUAUUAUCCUGGCCUCUGAAUCUCUCAGACUAUCUUCCGGAUAAGGUCUUUGUGGGAUUCUCAGGCUCCACGGGCGAGGACAACACCGAGAGGAAUUGCAUACUGUCAUGGGAUUUCCACAGUUCAGAUAUUGAUGAAAAUCCUAAUCUGUUGUGGGUUUCGAUUGUUGUCCCAAUUGUAGUAGUUUUGCUAGUUUGUGUUGCCUUUUACUUGUACUGGAGAAGAGCAUGUUCUAAGGAGGAUCCAGAAGAGGCAUAUCCGAGGAUAGAAGAACAGAUUAAAGAAUCUUCCAUGGCUCCUAGGAAGUUCCAGCUGAAAGAGCUUAGAAGAGCAACAAGCAACUUCAACCUCAAGAACAAGCUUGGAAAAGGUGGAUUUGGAACCGUCUAUAAAGGAUUGAUUGGAAAUCAGGUGGUAGCGGUUAAGCGAGUCUCGAAAGAUUCCCGUCAAGGACAGCAAGAGUUCAUAGCGGAAGUCACCACAAUUGGCAGCCUCAGCCACAGAAACCUGGUGAAAUUAAUUGGAUGGUGCUAUGAAAGCAAUGAGCUCCUCAUUGUCUAUGAGUUCAUGCCAAAUGGAAGCCUAGACAAGUUCAUAUUCGGCGACGAGAAGCUUGGCACAGAGAUGCAAGAAUUAAGCUCGAAAAGGAGGCACAGCAUAAUAUGCGGUGUGGCUAAGGCGCUUGAUUACCUGCAUAAUGGUUGUGAGAAAAGAGUACUUCAUAGAGACAUAAAAGCCAGCAACAUAAUGUUGGACUCAGAAUUCAAUGCCAAGCUUGGAGACUUUGGAUUGGCUCGUAUGAUUCAACGAAGCGAGAAGACUCACCACUCAACAAAAGAGAUUGCAGGGACGCCUGGCUAUAUGGCUCCCGAAUCUUUCCUCACUGGGAGGGCCACGGUGGAGACAGAUGUUUAUGCAUUUGGAGUCCUUGUGUUGGAAGUUGUGAGUGGAAGAAAGCCAGGAAAUCAGAAUGAGCAGAACAGUUUCAACAACAGCAUGGUUUGUUGGAUAUGGGAGCUUUACACCAAGGACAGGCUUCUUGAUGCUGUCGACACGAGACUGGAUGGACAAUUCGAAGAGGAUGAAAUGGGGUGUAUUAUGGUCUUGGGAUUGGCCUGCUGUCAUCCAAAUCCACAUGAGAGACCUUCCAUGAGAACUAUAUUAAAGGUUCUUAAAGGGGAAGAAGAUCCACCAAUGGUGCCUGUAGAAAUUCCGUCCUUUGUCUGGCCAUCCAUGCCUCCGUCAUUCAAAUCGGACGGUGAGACCACUCUGCAAGGAGGACAACUUACUCCAUUCACUGAGAUCACUGGAAGAUGAAUCAGAAACAAGGAUAUGCAUUGAACAUUGUUGAAAAUAAUUAUUCAAAGUUAGGAUUUAAUUGUUACUUAUUGUAUUUAGGGGUGUUAGUUAGAAUAAAAGAUAAGAUCCUGCGUGAUCUUCUCUUUGGUUUCUGCUUCCUGAUUUUUAGGAACUGAAUCGUGAGUUUCCUAGAUAUUUUCUUCUUCCACCGUGUAUAUAUGUAUACUAGUUCUCUGAUCUGAAUAAGAAAAAGAGUUCUCACGUUUUUCUU